AUGCAUUGAUUUGUGAACCGAUUUCACCAUUUUGCAGGAGAAGGUCUUUUUCAUAUAUUACAUAAAAUUAUCUGCAAGGACAUUUAGGACACUCUCACGUCAACACUGCGAAGAAAUCGUUCUAAAUUAAUGGUUUAAUUGAAUGCACGAGAGGUCAUAGGUCAAAUCGCGCAUCAGCCGAUGUGACACGCAUAAAAAGGUGUGUGGCACGGUUGUGGCGUGAGUUAUUUGGGUAACCAUUCAUUGAAAUAGACUGAGAGCAAUCCUGUCGUCACGUCAAGCGGCAUUCAUUUCAACAUCCGUAUUCAUAUUUGGAAUUAACCUCUGACCCCAUUUAAGCAAACAAAAUGUCUGCGAAGGCGAUCUCUGAGGCUAAAGGAAAAGAAUUGUUGAAUAAGUUUUUACAAGAUAGUGCUAUAAAGAACCGAUUUGCUGAAGUCAACGAAACCACAAACUUCAAUCAGUUGACAGAAGAUCAUCCAUGGCUUAAAACUGAGAAAUUGGUAGUAAAACCAGAUCAACUGAUCAAGAGACGAGGUAAAUUGGGGCUGAUUAAAGCUGGUGUCGACUUUAAUGGAGUUAAAGAAUGGUUGGCAAAUAAACUUGGAAAAGAUUUUGAGAUUGGUGCUGCUAAAGGACGUCUCAAGAAUUUCAUCAUUGAACCAUUUAUAGCUCAUCAACAGACUGAGGAAUUCUACAUCUGUAUUCACUCUCAUCGAUAUGCAGAUUCUAUACUCUUUCAUCAUGAAGGUGGAAUCGAUAUUGGAGACGUUGAUGCCAAGGCUGUUAAAAUUGAUAUACCUGUAGGGGGUGAACCUAAUCCUGCAGAGAUUAAAUCAACAUUACUCUCCAAAGUACCAGUGGAAAAACAAGAGAAUUUAUUAAAGUUUGUGUUGACCUUGUACAAUGUUUACCGUGAUUUACAUUUUACCUACCUAGAGAUUAACCCAUUGGUGAUGGUAGGAGAGAAGAUCUAUGUUCUAGAUUUAGCAGCUAAAAUUGAUCAGACAGCUGAGUUCUUGUGUAAAUCAAAAUGGGGUAAUAUUGAAUUUCCCCCACCAUUCGGACGAGAUGCUUUACCAGAGGAAGCCUACAUAGCUGAACUUGAUGCUAAAAGUGGUGCCUCACUUAAACUGACAAUUCUCAAUAAAAAUGGUCGAAUAUGGACAAUGGUUGCUGGAGGUGGUGCUUCUGUUAUCUAUGCUGAUACGAUCUGUGACCUAGGGGGAGCUGCCGAACUCAGUAACUAUGGUGAAUAUUCGGGAGCACCUAGCGAACAACAGACAUAUGAAUAUGCUAAAACACUUCUUGGAUUGAUGACCCAGAAAAAACAUCCAGAGGGUAAAAUUUUGAUCAUUGGAGGAGGUAUUGCUAACUUUACUAAUGUGGCUACAACAUUUAAGGGAAUAGUACGAGCUUUAAGAGAAUAUCAACAAAAAUUAAUCGAAUUUAAUGUAAAGAUCUAUGUUAGACGAGCCGGACCAAAUUACCAGGAGGGUUUACGUAUCAUGAGAGAUUUAGGUGAUACCCUUGGUGUUGAGAUUCAUGUAUUUGGACCAGAAACUCACAUGACUUCUAUUGUUAGUAUGGCUCUAGGUAAACGUACCAUUCCUCACGAUCCUCGACCAAAGAAAACUACUGCUAACUUCCUGCUAGGUGGAGCUCAAACACCUGAUCCUCGACGUGGAUCCAAUGAUGUAGAAAAAUCAGAACAGACAAAAUCACCUGUAUCAAACCUUGGACUUCAAAAAGGAGCUCAAACUAAGAAAUCAGGGAGUUUGUUUACCAAGAGUACUAAAGCUAUUAUCUGGGGUAUGCAAUCUCGAGCUGUACAGGGUAUGAUGGACUUUGAUUAUGUCUGCUCUCGUAAAGAACCAUCUGUAGUAGCCAUGAUCUACCCUUUUACUGGAGACCAUAAACAGAAGUUUUAUUGGGGCCACAAGGAAGUGUUGAUUCCAGUUUAUAAGAACAUGAAAGAUGCCAUGACUAAACAUUCUGAUGCUGAUGUUCUAGUGAAUUUUGCUUCGUUAAGAUCAGCUUACGACAGCACCAUAGAAACUAUGAACUAUCCACAGAUCCGAACAAUAGCUAUAAUAGCUGAAGGUAUACCAGAGAAUUUAACCCGACAGUUAGUUAAAACAGCUGAUGAAAAAGGUGUUGUUAUAAUUGGCCCAGCCACGGUUGGAGGAGUGAAACCAGGUUGUUUAAAGAUAGGUAAUACUGGUGGAAUGUUAGAUAAUAUUCUAGCUUCUAAAUUAUACAGACCUGGAAGUGUGGCAUAUGUAUCAAGAUCAGGGGGUAUGUCCAAUGAGUUGAACAACAUUAUAUCACUGAAUACUAAUGGUGUGUAUGAAGGUGUCGCUAUCGGUGGAGACCGUUAUCCUGGUACAACAUUUAUGGAUCAUAUUUUACGAUAUCAAGAUGACCCAGAGGUUAAAAUGAUCAUCUUAUUAGGAGAGGUUGGAGGUAAUGAAGAAUAUCAACUAGUGACGGCAUUAAAAGAUGGCCGUGUCAAUAAACCAGUUAUAGCCUGGUGUAUUGGUACUUGUGCUAAAAUGUUCACAUCAGAGGUUCAGUUUGGUCAUGCUGGAGCUUGUGCUAAUGCUGCUUCAGAAACAGCUGAAAGUAAAAAUGAAGCUUUACGUGAAGUUGGCGCCCAUGUACCUAGAAGUUUUGAUGAACUUGGUACACUUAUCAAAGAAGUGUAUGAUAAACUGGUUGAGAAUGGUACAGUGGUUGUCCAGGCAGAAGUCCCACCACCAACCGUACCCAUGGAUUAUACAUGGGCUUGUGAAUUAGGUUUAAUCCGUAAACCAGCAUCAUUUAUGACAAGUAUAUGUGAUGAACGAGGACAAGAGUUAUUAUAUGCUGGUAUUCCUAUAACCGAUAUAUUUAAAGAAGAUAUGGGUAUUGGUGGAGUACUUAGUUUACUCUGGUUCCAGAGAAGAUUACCUCGUUAUGCCACCAAGUUUAUAGAAAUGUGUUUAAUGGUCACGGCCGAUCAUGGACCUGCUGUCUCUGGAGCUCAUAAUACCAUUGUGUGUGCUCGUGCUGGUAAAGAUCUCAUCUCAAGUCUUACAUCUGGUCUGCUCACUAUCGGUGAUCGUUUUGGAGGAGCUUUAGAUGCAGCAGCCAAACAGUUUAGUGAAUCAUAUGAUCGUGGAAUGAUACCCAUGGAUUUUGUUAAUGAUAUGCGUAAAAAGGGACAACUUAUUAUGGGAAUUGGUCACAGAAUUAAAUCAUUAAAUAAUCCUGACAUGAGAGUGGUUAUAUUAAAAGAUUAUGUUAAGAAACAUUUCCCUGCUACACCACUUUUAGAUUAUGCUCUAGAAGUUGAGAAGAUCACCACAUCCAAGAAACCUAAUCUGAUUUUGAAUGUAGAUGGUUUUAUUGGGGUAUCGUUUGUUGAUUUGUUGAGAAAUUGUGGCUGUUUUACAAGGGAAGAGUCAACAGAAUAUGUUGAAAUCGGUGCUCUGAAUGCUUUGUUUGUUCUGGGUAGAAGUAUGGGAUUUAUUGGUCAUUAUUUGGAUCAGAAGAGAUUAAAGCAAGGUUUAUACAGACAUCCAUGGGAUGACAUUUCAUACAUCAUGCCAGAAUCACAAGGAAAUCUUUAAAAAACAUCAUCUUGAUCAGAACAAACAUCAAUAAUCAUUAUACAUUUAAACACAGAUAGAUGUAUGGACAUUUAAAUUAUAAAAUAUUAGAACAAAAACAUUAUUUAUUUCAUCAACAUGGAAGCAUCUGGACCAACUACAUUAAAAGAUUUAAUCUUGAUCAUUCGAACCUCAAUCAUAAGUCUUGAUCACUCCAGCCCCAAACUAUCUCUGAACAUUUGUCUGGACAAACUGGUGCCAUAUUUGUUUACAUUGUCAUGGUUAUUAAACGAUUUGUUGAUAGGAGGAAUGACAAUGUUUACAUUGUCAUGGUUCAUGAUUAGUCGAUGGGAAGAUUGAUUAUCACUUUGUAUUUGAAAUAUGCAUUGUUAAAUGGUGGAUUGAGGAAUGAACUGUAUUUGUUACCAUAGCUACAAUAGAUGCCAUUUUGUCUAGAAUAAUACUCGAAGCAGAGAUAAUAUAGGAUGGAGUGAUAUAAGACAAAAUCAGUAAAGGUUGUAACAUAAUAUAUUACUUGAAUAAACCUGUCUGCCAUUCUACCGUAAUAUUAAUGAUGAGGAUGCUGAAAGGAUUACGUUAUACUCCCCCGGUUCUAUAAUUAUCUAAGACAUAUCAUUUCUCGUUGUGGGCUAGAUUGUAUACAAAUACAAGUGUUGGGUUACAUGUUAAUGGGAGAAAUCAUUUUAAAGUGAUAUUAGUAGUUGGAGACUGUUGUACUUUAGAUUAGUUAUACCAAGUAUUACAAGGUAGCUAGAACCAAAUUGAAUGUAUGGGUGUUAUUUAAUGUAGAACAAGUAGAGUUGUUCACCCUUGUUAAGAUAUGAAUAUUAGAAAGUCGGAAAUAUUACGAAUAGUUAUAAAAAGAAGUUUUAAGCCCCAUUCUACUUGCAUAUUUGUCAGAGUUUUACCUUCCCUUUCUGACUGGAAUUGAGAGGGUUAAAAUCCAUUUGGAGUGUACUCUUUAAACAUCAAUUUAUAUAGUUAAGGGUAAAACGGAGAUUGACCUUACUAUUUAGUAGCAUGGCCUGGAUUUCAAUAAUGAAGAGUCUUUGUACAAUCUAUUCUCUCACUGUUAAGGUGGUCUAAAGAGAGCGCAUUAUCACCCAGGGUUGCCGAGUGUUAUGCUACUGAAUAUUAUAAUUAUAUAUGUACAUUGUUAGAUAUCUAUGAUAGAAUUAGUUUAAUUUAUUUGUAUAGUAAUCUCCAAUUUUAUAUAACUUAACUAUUAAUAUGCUUUAUAUAUAUAUAUUAUGCCAGAGUUGUUAGUUUACUGUGCUUCUAAUGUUUUAUCAUAUUAAGAUUGGGAUAAUUCAUUACAAUGCUCAAUUUACUCAAAAUUCCUGCUUUCUGUUCAAAUUCUCAAAUAUCAAUAACUUUUUAAAAUUGGAAACAUCUACCUUAAAAGAUAAAUUUUCUUUAAAUUAGUUAUUGUAAUUUACUUUGAAUUUUAUAUUGUUAUGCUUUUUAUUGUGUUUAUUUUGUUAUGUUUAAGAUCUGUUAUUUAGACAAUAUUUUUGAGGGGUGUCUUGUCAUAACCCUUAAAAAAUUUAGCUGUACAAUACUCUUUUGUUCAUUUCUCAUCCCAAUGGAGGACUUGAUGGUAUCAAUAAAUGGCUUCAACUGAGAAAAAGUGGCUCAGAAAACAAAUCCUAACUAAAAUAUUAUUUUAAAUGUUGAUACUGGCAGUAUAAUUUUUUUUAUUGGAAUUAUUAGGAAGAUAAUUUAUCAGUAUUUGUUGACUCUCAUCAACCUAAAAUAAUUGAGUUUCAUUCAUUAUUUUUCAUCUAUCAAGUAGAUUAUUUAAAGUCUUCAAAUAUAUUAUGAAAUAUUGCCAUUCAUGGUUCUAUAUUUGUGAAAUCAAUGAAGGAUGAUAAACAAAAGUAUAAAUCAACAUUAAUCCUUGGUAUAAUCCUUUAAAUCAAAAAAGUUGGGAAUAUGAGUUAUGCGGGAUAAUUGAAAAAUCAUGUAAGCUUGAUGCUGUACUAUGUUUGGUUGAAAUCUAUAUAAGGUAUUAAAAUAUGGUUAAACACAUUGUGUGGGAAUAAUAGUUAUUUAUAAGCUUUAAAUGUUGUGCUAUAUUUGUUUUGUGUAAAUUUAUAGGGGGCAUCAUUUUAUGUUUAAAGUUAAAGACAAUGUUGGGGAAUAAUAAAUAGUUAUGUUACCAGAA